AUGGACUAUUGCUCUGCAGGCACACUAUCCGACAUCAUCGAAGAAUACAGUGCGGAAAAAUGGCAGCAGGAUACCGACGACCAGAUUCCUGAACCGAUGUUUUGGAUCACUCUGAUCACAAUCUCAGAAGCAAUCUAUAACCUCACAACCGGAUUGACGUACACGCCGGGUAUGGACGAUGCAGCAGAAGCCUUUGGGUGGAUACCAAAAGUGCAUCGCGACAUUAAGCCCAGCAACAUCUUCCUCAUGGAACCUCAGGAACCCUUCGCUUCUUUUCCGCGGCCUGUGCUAGCAGACCUCGAUGAUAUGCUCGAACUCUUCGGAUAUGAAGAGUACACCAAGAAGUACCAUUUGUUCACCCGAGGCUACGCUGCACCCGAGAACAAUAUCGAGCUGCACACCCUAGACCCCGACUCCCGAGGCUUCGGCUACUUCCAAAGGCAGCCGCUCUCCUGCAAAACAGACAUCUAG